CGCUUCGUCAAACCAAGAGGGUGCUCCCCAAGAACAGACAUCAAGCGUUCUUCAUGAACGUCGUCACAUCAAGGAGGACUUGCCCGCUAUCCGAUGUCCCGGUGCGAGGACCGAUCUGCGGACGAGAGCAACGGCCGCCACAACAAAGCGAGGGCGGUGAUGCUGGCUCCACAACGGCAACUACCGUCGCCUUUGUACGGCGAGGUCUUCGCCGACCUGGCCACCUUUGGCGACUCGGUGGCUGUGCUGACCCGCCCUGAAGACGGCCUCGACGAGGGGACCAUCGAGCGCCAGCUCCACCCCAUGCAGCUGCCCGGCCACUGGAACUGCCCCUUCCAGCUGAGCAAGCUGUGCCGAAAAGCGGCAGGAUGGUGGGCCAGGACCAGCGACGGGCGCCAGUACAAGGUGGAUCCGCUGCCAAGCAGACUGAGGUCGCUCCCCGCCAACAAGCCCCCCUUCUGGACUCCCACCCGACUCGGCAGGGGCUUCUGGAGUGCCGGCAUCCAGAGCCUGAGGGUGCCUGUCGAGGAGGACGACGUCAUCAUCGCCGCGGCCUCCGACGGUGUCUUCGACAACAUCCUCAUCGAGGCUGUCGUUGCGCGGGCGGACGAGAUGUGGUGCAUGACGGCGGCCAAGCUGGCCCGGGAGAUUGGGGAGCUGGCCUACAACACCAGCGUCGACCGCACGGCCCCAACCCCCUUCGCCCGCGAGGCACGGAUCCACAUCCCCAACGACCCCGACUUCAAAGACGGCUUGGGCGGCAAAAAGGACGACAUCACCGUCGUGGUGGGCGUUGUCCGCAGCCCCGGCCGGGAGACGGAGACGGUGUGCGAUCCGUAUGGGGAGGCCGCCGAGGACGCCGAGCGGGAGGAGGACCUCUCGCCUCCCUCGCGGACGGCAUGUGGUGUGACGGCGGGCAAGCUGGCCAGGGGGGUUGAUGAGCUGGCAUACAAGACCAGCCUCGACUGCACCGCCGCAACCCCCUUCGCCCAGGAGGCAGCCAUCCACAUCCCCGACGACCCCGACUUUUUCGAUGGCAUUACCGUCGUGGUGGCUAAGGUGGGCCCGGGCUAGAGUGGGACCACGGGGAGAGGGAGGCGGGGCGACGGAAAGUGCCAUGCUCCUGAUAGCAAGUGUCUCUGGUAUUAGGUCAUCGUCCAUCGAUCGGUG